CUCCCCUCGUCUUCCUCGUCGUUCCCCUCUCCCUCCCAGUGCCAUGUCAACGGCCGCCCUGCCCCUCCGCCCAGCCCUCCUCCUGCUCCUAUCUCUCCUUCUCGUCUAGGAAUCGCCCCCCUCUGCUCCGGAUCGGCGCGGCUUCUCCGCCCCCGUCAUGCCAUUCGCGCGGGAGGCUCUGCUCGUCGCCGGGGUGGUCUUGUUGGCUGCGGCUGCGGCUGCGGCGGCGGAUGGGGGGAGCGGAGGAGCAGGGGUGUGCUUCGGCCAGGUGUUCAGCUUCGGGGACUCGCUCACGGACACCGGCAACUUCCUGCUCUCCGUGCCCGAGGACUUCCCGGACCCCGCGCGCAAUCUCCCCUACGGCCAAACCUUUUUCGGCCGCCCCUCUGGCCGCUACACCGACGGCCGAAACCUCCUCGAUUUCUUAGCGGAAGCGUUUGGGCUGCCGUUUGUGCCGCCGUACCUCGGUGGCGGGGACUUUCAGCAUGGCACAAACUUUGCGGUAGGUGGGGCCACUGCUCUCAGUGGCUCGUUCUUUCGGGAACGUGGUGUGGAGCCUACAUGGACGCCACACUCACUUGAUGAGCAGCUGCAGUGGUUCAAGAAGCUGCUCCCAUCCAUUGCACCGUCAGAGCCAGAACGCAGUGAUAUAAUGUCCAAAUCGCUUUUCCUUGUGGGGGAGGUUGGUGGAAAUGAUUACAACCAUCUAAUCGUCAGGGGAAAAUCUCUUGAUGAGCUACAUGAGCUUGUUCCUAAUGUUGUUGGUGCCAUAAGCUCGGCCAUCACGGAUCUUAUAAAUCUUGGAGCAAAGAAAUUAGUUGUUCCAGGGAACUUUCCAAUAGGGUGUGUCCCACUGUAUCUUGCGAUCUUUCCAAGCCAUAAAGAGGAUUACUAUGAUGAACAAACAGGGUGCAUUAAGUGGCUAAACAAAUUCGCUGAGUACCAUAAUAAGAUGCUUCAGGAGGACUUGGAGAAGCUGAGGAAUCUUCACCCUGAUGUGACCAUCAUUUAUGCUGAUUAUUAUGGAGCUGCAUUGAACAUAUUCCGUGCCCCACUCCAGUUUGGUUUCACUGUCCCACUGAAUGCAUGCUGUGGAAGUGAUGCUCCAUAUAAUUGUUCCCCAUCGAUAUUGUGUGGACGUCCUGGAUCUAUGGUGUGCUCUGACCCAUCAAAGUACAUCUCGUGGGAUGGUCUACACUUCACCGAGGCAACCUACAAAAUUGUCAUUCAAGGAGUACUAGGGGGUUAUGCCAUUCCUCCUCUUUCAGAAACCUGCAAGGGUGGAGAAUACAAAAUCUCUCAACUUCACCAAUGUACAGAUAAUCCAACAAAUACUGUGACAUACCAUGCCGUGAGCUCUUUUAUUUGAUCCAGUGAGCUCAAGCGCAUGUAGAGCUUUAACAAGCACGACAGAUGUAGCAGGAUCCAGCAUCUUGGACACUUCUCAAAGCCGAAAAGAGUCCAAUGAGCUGCAGUCUUGUAUUUCUUCAACCCAUUUUGCUGCUGUAAGGAGAGAAAAAGAGAGGAGAUUUUGCAGAGCAGAAUAUCGCGAUGGUUGAGCGCAUUGCUUUGUUCGACUCUUUUUACUUAGCAGCGUACUGCGUCAGGAAGUGGAAGAGACACCAUACAGAUCA